UCACUUCACUAAAAGAUGAAAAUUUGUUAUCAGAUGAUGUCGAAAAUAUUAUAGACAGGCAAUUUACAGGGACAUCUUCUAUAUUCCUUAAAACACAUAUACACAGUGGAGGCAUCUCAAACCCACAAAAAAAUAUAUACAAGUGAAUUCCGUCAAUUUGCAUUGACUAUGCAUUUUUAUUCACCUAAGGCUUACAGAUAUCUCAAAUCACACUUUUGUAUGCCUCCGGAAUCCACAUUAAGGGCAUGGAGUCGCAAGAUUGAAAUCAUGCCAGGUUUCCUUUCAAUUUCAUUUACUUAAAUUAAAAGCUACCAAAAAAAAUCAGAAAAGCAGUUGUAUUGUGUACUUGACAAAAUCAACAAAAGAUAAAUCUUGUCCAGAAGCAACGAAGGCACUGUUUUUUAUGGCUACCUGUCUUAAUAGCAGCUGGUAAAUGCCAAUAGCCUAUUUUCUAGUUUCACAAAUGAAUUCAGAUAUCCUAGCUAUUUAGUGAGAGUUGCAUUGUUCAAUCUAAAUGAAACAGGAGUUAUCUGUAAGGCCAUAGUAUGUGAUGGUUGUGCUGUUAAUAAAAAAAUGAGCAAACUGCUUGGUGUUAGUAUGGAUCAGUGGCGUAGCUACGGGGGUGGUUUUCAGGUUUGGACCCCUCCCAGAGCAAAAUUUUUUUUUUAGAUUUUACGUUCUAAAGACUUAAAAGUGACUAAUACCAUUAAUAUUUAUAUUUUUCUGGUUUUGAUGUUUGUGGAAGGAUAUUAUAUUACUAUUGAAAUUAUUCUGGAUAGUAUUAUAAAGUCAUUGAGAAUAAUCGACUAAAUUAUAAUAACAUAUUAUUGAUGCAUUUAAAAAAUAUAUUUAUUAUAUAUUAUCGAAGAUAUGGUUAUGAUUUUGCAUUUUAUAUGUAUGGACCCCCUCUAAGAAAAAUUCCUAGCUAUGCCACUGGUAUGAAUCCUGAUAAUAUCAUUCCAUAUAUUGAGCUGGAAUUUUAUGAAUCGGAAAAAAUAUAUAUGUUACUAGAUGUUUGUCAUAUGCUCAAAUUACUUAGAAAUCUAUUAGCGGAGUAGGAAAUUUUAAUAAAUGAAUCAAAUGGAAAGAUAAUAGAUUGGAAGCAUAUACAAAAUUUACAUAAAUUGCAGGAGUGCGAAGGUUUACGUGCUGCAAAUAAAUUGCGGAAAGCACAUAUUGCUUUCCACAAACAAAAAAUGAAAGUAAAACUUGCUGUUCAAGUUUUUAGUGCAUCUGUUUCAAAUAGCCUUCUUUUUGCCCAGCAUCAGGAGAUUCCUGGAUUUGAAAAUUGUGAUGGUACUAUUAAUUUUAUAUUGAUGAUAGAUCAAAUGUUUGAUUAUCUUAAUACAAGAAAUUGUCUUGGUAAAGGAUAUAAAGCCCCUUUAUAUAAUAAUACAAUUGCAGAAUAUGAAAAUCAUUUUGAUGAGUGCAUUAAAACUUUAAAAUCACUCAAGUUAACAAAUGGAAUUUAUGUCUAUAAGUCUAAUAAAAAAACAUGUGUAGAAGGGUUAAUUCUUUCUAUGAAAAGCAUCCUGGAAAUGGGGAAGGAAUUAUUAACUGGGGAAACCCCAAAAAUGAAGUUCUUUUUAACAUAUAAAACCUCUCAAGACCACCUAGAAUUAUAUUUUUGUAGUAUUCGUAGCAGAGGUGGAUUUAAUGAUAAUCCAUCAGCAUAUCAGGUUCGAUCUGCUGUUCGCAUUUCAUUAAUGGCGAAAUUGGAUACUACAAUUACAGGAAAUUGCAUUUCCUUAGAUAAUACUCAAUUAAUAUGUUCAAAUUUUCAAAAUAAUCAUGACGAUGAUUUUAAUUCUAUCAAAACUAUUUCAAAUCCAAUAAUACCCCAGGCAUUAUCUUAUUAUUUUAGCCAAACAAAUCCUCAUAUCCCGAAAUUAUCAUUAUAUUUAGAUAAUUUAACAACUUAUAUUUCGGGAUACAACUUAUUAAAGAAAAAAAGGUACGAUGUGAUGUUUGCAUUAAUGCAAUGGUCAGUGAUUCAUAUAUUGUUUGUGAAAGUUCAUUUAGAACUUAUCAAAAUGAUAUUAAACGUAAAAAUAUUAUUAAAAAAAUGGAAGUGUUGGUUUUUUCCACAAUAAUUGGUACAAAUAUUUUUAUUGAUCUUACUGAACAUAUUAAUGAUGAGAUUGGUUACAGCCAUUUUCAAAUUCUUGUAAAAUUAAUUGUUCAAAGGUAAUCAUUUAUUAGUUUUAAUACUAUUUUUUUUAAAGAUAUUUAAAUAUUAGAUUUUUUCAUUUUGCUGACUUGAGAAACCAGGAAUUGAGAACUGGUAUGAGGCAAAAUCUUACAAAAGCAAUACAAUUUAAUAAUCAUUAAGUCAUGUAAAUUAAUAUUUAUAUCUUCUUUUAUUUUUUAAAAAUUAUAUUGUAUAAAGAACAGGCCUGAUAUAAGACAUAUUAUAAAAAUUAUGAUAUUAUAUAUAAUCUAUGCUAAUGUAAAUAUAUUUUAUUUUUUAUAGGUGAU